AUGGCAGAAGUGGUAAGCAAGCAGAACGUCACACACUCCCCACAUGCAGUGGCAGUAGCAGCCGGGUCACAACUGAAACCUCCUGCGUCUCGCCCCACUGCGCAGAAAUCAAAUCCAUUUAAUAUUGCCACGCAGACACUUCUCCAGACAAACAAUACUGACCCUCAUACCACACAGCAAGACGCACCUCAACCUCCACACGUUCGCAAACCACGCAAAUCGGUGGCCUUCUCCGGCGACGACACAAUCAUGGACGAGAACGGCGAGAUCUCAGAGGCCCCGACCAAUACGGCCGAAGACAAACCCACGGCUGAGAAGCACUCUUCACCACCCGAUGACAAGGCCGUCGAUGAAAUGACUGACAUGUUUGCGGGCCUGAACAAAAAGAAGAAGAAGUCCUCCAAAACCAAGACAGCCGACGGCGAGGCUGGUGCCGACGAUGCCGCCGCCGCCGGCGAUGAAGCCUUUGACCCAACGGUCCUGAAAAAGAAGAAGAAGAAGUCGACCAAGAGCAAGACAGAGGGCGGUGAGGACUUCGCGGCCAAACUGGCCUCCGCAGGCCUCGAACCAGGCUCCGAAGAUCAAGCCACAUCCGAGCAACCUCAGCAAGAGCAGUCGGGCGAUAUGCUGACCGGCACUGGCAUUUGGUCGCACGACGCGAAUACUCCGAUUUCGUACAAUCUGCUUCUCAAACGCUUUUUCCUCCUCGUCAACGAGCACAACCCAGACAUUCUCUCAUCAGGCUCCAAAUCAUACAAGAUCCCGCCGCCACAGUGUCUACGUGAAGGCAACAAGAAGACCAUCUUCGCCAACAUCGCCGAGAUAUGCAAGCGCAUGAACCGAAACGACGAGCACGUCACGCAGUUCCUGUUCGCCGAAUUGGGUACAUCCGGCAGUGUCGACGGAUCGAAGCGUCUGGUUAUCAAAGGUCGUUUCCAGCAGAAGCAGAUUGAGAACGUGCUCAGACGGUACAUUGUCGAAUACGUCACCUGCAAGACGUGCCGGUCCCCUAACACGGAGUUGAGCAAGGGCGAGAACAGAUUGUACUUUGUUACCUGCAAUAGUUGCGGAAGUAGAAGAUCGGUCACGGCCAUCAAAUCUGGAUUUACGGCCCAAGUCGGCAAGCGUAAGAGGCUCAAUGGUUAA